AUGCUGUCUCUCCGUCUCAUCCGCCAGCUGGCCGACAGCGCAUUGGUCGGCCGGCCCUUCGCCGCGCCACACCGUCUUCCGCCAUGCCGCGCCUGUCAGACUACUGCCGCCGCUCGCCGCACAAUUACCAUUGCCACCGCAUCCUCCCGCCCUGAUGCUUCGCGCGCCGCCUCUGCCCCCUCGGAUCCCCCUUAUACGCCCCGUCAAUGCGUCCGCUCCGCGUCGUCAUCUUCGUCGACGGUCUGGAAGAGCCGCCAGGGCCGCGACUACUUUGCGCGGGAAGCCAAAGUCCGCGGGCUCAAGAGCCGCGCCGCGUUCAAGCUACUCGAGAUGAAUCAACGCUACCGCCUCUUCCGCGCGGGCAACACGGUCGUCGACCUGGGCUACGCCCCGGGCUCGUGGUCACAGGUCGCCAUCGACCGCACCCAGCCCGGCGGCCGCGUCAUCGGCAUCGACGUCAUCCCCGCCCAGCCGCCCCGCGGCGUCUCCACCAUCCAGGGCGAUUUCCUGAGCGAGGCCGUCCAGGCCGAGGUUCGCGCCUACGUGCAGGAUCCCGAGAGGGGGAGGCCGUUGAGGAAGCAGGUCAUUUGGGCUGGGGAGGAAGGGGAGCAUGGGGAAGGAGAAGAGGAGGAAGAUGGGGCCGUGGAGGAGGCGGAGAAGGGAUAUACCGAAGCCGACUUGGAGGAGCAGGAGAGAGGAUAUAUUGACCGGGAGAAGAUGGCGCCGUUGAUCGCGAGACCGGAUGCGGAGGAUGGCGGUUCCUCUCACGAUGGGACAGAACACACUGCUGGAACGGCGGCGGCGGCAACGACCGAGGGGACGAGCGUCGUGAGAAAGACACUGGGCAGGCGCGCGCAGGAUGAGGCAAUGGGCCGCGUGGUCGACGUUGUGCUGAGUGAUAUGUCCGCGCCCUGGGCUCAGACGUCCGGUUUCCACAAGAGGAGCAUUACUGAGCCCUAUCUUAGGAUGAUGAACACCAGCGGAACGCCUUUCAGGGAUCACGCCGGCAGCAUGGACCUUUGCCAUGCCGCCCUGGGCUUCGCUUAUGAUACGCUGCGCACCGGCGGCAACUUUGUCUGCAAGUUCUACCAAGGCGCCGAGGACAAAGCGCUCGAGAGGAAGCUACGCCGCAUGUUUGAAAAGGUCUUCCGGGAGAAGCCGGAUUCCUCGCGAACGGAGUCCAAGGAGUUUUUCUUUAUUGGUAUAAGGCGGAAGCCGGAUCCUCCCAAGGAGGAGGUCUUCAAAAAUGCUUAA